AUGAAAUCAUAAUAUGAUUACUCUAAAAUUUAAUAUGAAUGUAUCGUAGUUCGUAAACACUUUAUUAGUGAUGCUAGAUAUUACUGCUAUGUUUUAAAUGAUUACCUUUUGAUGGCUAGUGUAAGUUUCUUCACUAAAUAGAAAGCUAAGGAUUAAAAUCCAAAGUAUGUGUUACAAAUGGAAUUAACUUAAUAAGUUGGAUGGAUUACUGAAUAAAAAGAUAAUAAACUUUUAUUGACAGCCUUUAUCAUUAAGUAUCAGAAUAAACUUAAAUAAUUUGUUGGUAAAAUGGAGGAUUUGUAAAAGUAAUGAAAUUUGUAAAAAAGUAGAUUAAGAGAAAACAUAAAAAAUAGAGUCACAUUUUAUAAGAUUGCAGAUUUUUAUGAAGCUUAAUACAAUCUAGGAAAAGGGAGUUCUGCCAAAGUAAUUAAAAUAAAAGAAAUCGGAAAGGAAUCAUCUAAUUUAGCAGCUAAAGCUAUAGAUAAAAAUUAUCUUUAAAAAAGUGAAUUUGGAAUGCAAGCAUUUUUAAAUGAAGUGUCAAUUCUCGAUUUUCUUAGUAAGUAAAACAGUAGUGUUUCAUUCAUCAAAUUAUAUGAAACUUUUGAGGGUGAUCAUACAUAUUAUUUAAUAUUAGAUUUGAUGCAUGGUAGAACUUUAGCAGAAGAAAUAGAUUUUCUGAAAGUAUAAUUUUAAUUAACUAAAUUUUAUAGUCGAAGAAAGAAUUGUUUCCAAUAAAGUCAGUAAAAAUUAUUAUGUAGCAAUUACUGGAAGGAGUAAAAAUACUACAUGAGAAUAAUAUAAUACAUAGAGAUUUAAAACCAGAUAAUAUCAUGUUUCGUGAAUAAGAUUAAUAUGAUACUCUUAUUAUAGUAGAUUUUGGAUUGUCCACAUUUACUGAUGUUUCAAAAUAUGAAUUUCCAAAAUGUGGAACACCUGGAUAUGUAGCUCCUGAAAUUUUAAAUUUGAUUGAUAGAGAAUAAAAAUAUGAUAAAGUUUGUGAUAUUUUUAGUUGUGGAUGCAUAUUUUAUAAAUUAUUAUUUGGACAUAGUUUAUUUUUUGGCAAGACUUUUGAUGAAGUGUUAACUUAGAAUAAAAAAUGCAACUUUGUUCUUGAGGAACGCGAAAUGGACAUUAUUUCAAUAGAAGCUUAAAUACUAUUAAAGAAAAUGUUAAUAAAAAAUCCAUCAGAAAGAAUUACUGCUAAAUAAGCUUUAGAAUCUGAUUUUUUUAAGAAUUCUCUUAAUCUAUCUAUAUAAAACAGUAUUAAAUAUAAAUUAUUUCAAUUUAGUACAUAAAACAUUUAAAAUUAAUAAUGGAAGCAAUUAAAAUAUAUUUUAAUCAACUGCAGAUGGAUAAUUAUCUGAAGCUGAAUCUCCUUUCUAAAGAGUUUAAAAUAAAUAAAACAAUUAAAUAGAUUUUGAUGUUAAUGUUGAUAUUUCGGAGAAUAAAUCUUCAUUGAUUGAAUUUAAAUAAUUGCCAAAAGUUAAGAAACCUUCUUUUUGCAAAUAUGAAGAUUCUACGUUAAAAAGUUUCUACACCAAAGAUCCACUAAGUAGCUUAAAAAAAAUAAAUACUAGUAUUUUUUUUUAAUAAACAUAGAAUCUUUUAAAAAUUUAAAUGAAUAAAUAGAUAAAGAAGGUAAUCAAUCUCAGAUUGAUUAAAUGUAAAGAAUCACGCUAUUUAAUAGAUAAAAAGAUAAUUGA